AUGAAAGUCCUAAUCCUCGGCCUGCCCAGAACAGGCACCCAAUCCCUCGCCGACGCCCUCAUAUACCUCGGCAUAACACCCGUCUACCACAUGCGCGAAGUCGCCAAAUCCUCACAUCAAGACCUCUGGAUCCGCGCAAUCGCAGAUAACCUCCCGCCCUUCUCUUCGCCAACCCAACCCCCGUCAAACCCUUGGACAAGGGAACAAUGGGACGAGCUCCUGGGCUCCUACGAAGCGGUCUCCGACUUCCCGCCCGCGCUGUUCCCGGCGUCUCUUGCGGAAGCAUAUCCAGACUGCCCCAUCAUUCUCUCCACCCGGUCUUUCGAAUCGUGGAAUGCGUCGAUGAGGGAUACCCUCAUCCAUAUGCAUCUGCACCGGGACCCCGCGGCGAAGUCGCCGAUGGCGGGGUUGGCGAAUGCGUAUCACUCCGCGUGCUGGGACGAUGAUUUUGAGAAAAACGGAAAGGAAUGUUUCGAGAGACAUCAUGCUCAGGUGAGGGCCUUGGCAACUGGUGGGAGGAGGUUUUUGGAGUAUCGCCCAGGAGACGGAUGGGGUCCUGUCUGUGAGUUCCUGGGAAUUAAAGAGAUACCGGAAAUUCCGUUCCCUAGGAGUGAUGAUUGGGUGGAGUACAAGAAGAAGGUUGAGAGAGAGCGGAGGGAGGAGAAAGAAGGUACUGGUGUCAUUGAGAGCAGCAAAUAG